AUGGAUUCUAAAUUAUUUGAGCAUGAGUUUCAUUCAGAGACGAAUCAACUGCGUAAAGACAACAAGAACAUUUUCAAUCGUCUAAAGUCAAUCGAGGAAGAUGCUUCAUUUGUUAAUGAGAUCUUGGAAAUGUUUCCUACAUUGGCUGCAAUUGCCAAUGAACGUUGUGGAUCGUGGUAUAUUGACCGUUCCAAGCGAAAAGUCUAUUCAGCCUAUUUCAAAUCAACCGAUGGACACACUGGUCAAUGGGAUUUUAACCUGAGAAGAAACAACCUUAGCUUAAUCAGAACAAUUGCUACCCAUGGAGGGUGUGUGAUUGUUGAUUCUACUCGUCGUGGUAAGAGGAUCCCAGAUGCCUUGUCAAAGACCGUUCCUAUAUGGUGUGCUGUCAUCAACCGAGCACUGGCCAUCUAUCGUUCUCGUGCUAGUCUUCCUACUCUAGACAACUGGGACACUAGUUUCUACUCCUUGCCAUCAAUUGUUUCCAGAUCAGAGGAUUCGCAGAUUACAUCUAAACUUGACAUGUUUGCUGAACGUUUAUUGAGCUCAGGUGUAGACAUGCAACCCCUUGAGGGUCUUCUUCGAAAGCCGCUGAGACCACUUUGGUUCACUCCCCAAUCCUCAUUGUUUGCAAACGCACCUGAUUACGGAGAUGCAACAUUCUGGCCUGUGAUUUGCUUAAGUGCUUCGCAAGCAGUCGAGUCGGGAUGCCAAGCAAGAUCAGGUUAUCUCUAUGUUCAAGGUUCGGGUGACGACCAAGAAGCGUGGUGCUUGGGACUCACACACAGCCUUUUCUGGAAAAAUCGAGAGGACUUAUUGGAUGUCAGUAGUGCUGUAGAAUGUGAAGACAAGGUGCGAGCCUUGGUAAAAAGCUCAAAAGGACAUAUUGAAGAGGAUGAAGAAGGAGACCAAAAGUACCAUUAUAUUUCAAACACUGGUAUUGCAGUUGGUACUCGGACCAGUGGCAAACCUCCAAUGUGCUGGAAAGAGUUUGACGUCGUAGUGAAUUGUACAACUCUUGAAUAUAACGAAAACAAGCUUGAAGAACACAAACACCAAUACAUACAAUUACCGAUCCCGGAAGGAAAGAAAGGUCAACAGGCUUUGUUUGAUCAUAUUGGGAUUGCACUUGCAUUUGUGCGGCAGCCAUUGCUGGAGAAGCGCAGAGUUUUGGUGCAUUGUGCAAAAGGACAAGACCGGUCAGUAGGGAUUGCAUUGGCUAUUCUUGUAAAAUAUUUUGACCAGAAAGGUGUAUUCCAACCCGAGGGAGUCGGUCGUGUGGAUAAACAAGUGAUACAGCACCACCUACUUUCUAUUAUUUCUAGCCGUCCAAAGGCAUCUCCUUCAAGAGCUACGCUGAAGAAGAUCAAUACUUAUUUUAUGAGCAGCUCUUCUACUGCACAUGACUAA